CCAACCAGAGUUGCAAUCAAACUGUACAGAGUCUCUUUCUAAUCUAAUCCAAUGUUUGUUUUUGACUUUUAUGUUUUCUACGUUUUAAUCCAUUCCACCUUCCUAUGUUGAAUCACCAAACGCCAAACCCAAAAACUGUAAAUAAAGCUUCAAUCUUCUCUUCUUUUUCCUCCAAUUCUCUAUUCGUUUAGUUUAGAACUUUCUAUUUUUUCAUUGCCUUGUCGGUUUCAUACCCAAUAAAUGAAACUCUCCUCUGUGAAAUCUUACCAGUUUUGCACCUUUCUCUCUCUCUCACCUUCUUUACAUCUUUGUUCUGUUAAUAAACUGUUAGUAUUCUCUCUCUGACAACAUCUACUUCAUUUCUUGUAAGGUAACUCUAGGUUCUUAGUGCUGGUAGGAAGCUCUUUUUGUUGAUUCAGUUUCCUUGCUUUCAGGUCUUUAGUUCUUUAAUAAUUGCACUACUCCUUCAAGAUCUUUUUGGCAGGAAGGUGUUGAUUCUGCACCAUCUCUGUUCUUCUAACUCAAUAUCCAGGAACAAGAAUACUAUUAUCAUACAACAAUGGUGUCGAGAUCUUGCAUAAGUUUAUUAGACUUUGCAUCAGGGAACAUGAUGAAUUUCAGUCAGUCUCCUAGAUCCCUUCCAAGGAUAAUGACUGUUCCAGGAAUAAUAUCUGACGUGGAUGUUGAUGGAACUAAUGAUGGCAUUUCUGAUGCUCCAUCAACUGGAAGCGGUGCAAAAAUGAUUAUAGUGUCAAAUUUUCUCCCUCUGAAUGCUCAGAAGGAUUUAAACUCUGGCAAAUGGUCAUUCAGUUUUGAUGAGGACUCGCUUCUGUUACAGAUGAAGGAUGGCUUCUCAGCCAUUCCUGAGGUUGUUUAUGUGGGGUCUCUCAGGGUCGAUGUUGAUUCAAGUGAACAAGAAGAAGUUUCACAAAAACUGCUGGAGGAAUUUAACUGCGUACCCGCAUUUAUUCCUCCUGAUAUUUAUAAAAAUUUUUACCAUGGUUUCUGUAAGCACCAUCUGUGGCCCCUUUUCCAUUACAUGUUACCUCUGUGUUCGGAUCAUGGCAAUCGCUUUGAUAGAUUGCUCUGGCAGGCCUAUGUCUCUGCUAAUAAGAUAUUUGCAGAUAAGGUCACGGAAGUGAUUAAUAAUACAGAAGAAGAUUAUGUUUGGGUCCAUGAUUAUCAUCUGAUGGUUCUCCCUACUUUUUUGAGGAAGCGUUUCAAUCGUAUUAAGCUUGGCUUCUUCCUGCACAGCCCGUUCCCCUCAUCAGAAAUUUACCGGACUCUGCUGGUUAGAGAUGAAAUUCUGAAAGCGCUGCUGAAUGCUGAUUUGAUUGGUUUUCAUACAUUUGAUUAUGCUCGACAUUUUCUAUCCUGUUGCAGCCGGAUGUUGGGCCUAGACUAUGAAUCGAAACGUGGUCAUAUUGGUCUUGAGUAUUUUGGCAGAACAGUGUACAUAAAAAUUUUGCCCGUGGGGAUUCAUAUGGGUCGAGUUGAAUCUGCUCUAAAUCACCCCUCUUCUUCCAUUAAGGUCAAAGAGAUCCAAGAACAGUUUAAGGGGAAAAGGCUUGUCAUUGGAGUUGAUGAUAUGGACAUUUUCAAGGGCAUUAGUCUGAAGUUAUUAGCUAUAGAGUAUCUUUUGCUGCAGAAUUCAGAGUUGCGGGGAAAAUUAGUCCUGGUUCAAAUUGUUAAUCCUGCUAGGAGCUCAGGGAAAGAUGUGCAAGAAGCAAAAAUGGAGAUACAUUCAAUUACCAAAAGGAUAAACAACACUUUUGGUUUUCCAGGCUAUGAACCAGUGGUCCUGAUUGAUCGUCAUGUUCCCUUUUGUGAGAAAACUGCCUACUAUGCAUUGGCUGAAUGCUGCAUUGUGAAUGCAGUGAGGGAUGGAAUGAACCUGAUCCCAUACAAGUACAUUGUAUGCAGGCAGGGGACGCCGAAGAUGGACGAAGCUUUAGGAGUUGCCUCUGGGUCACGUCAUACAAGCUCGCUUGUUGUAUCAGAGUUUACAGGCUGCUCACCAUCAUUAAGUGGAGCAAUAAGAGUAAAUCCAUGGGAUAUUGAAGCUGUAGCCAAUGCAGUGAAUACUGCCAUCAACAUGCCUGAUUUAGAGAAGCAGUUGCGGCAUGGAAAGCAUUAUUGCUAUGUUAGCUCCCAUGAUGUAGCUUAUUGGGCCCACAGUUUUAUGCAGGAUUUGAAGCGAGCGUGCAAAGAUCAUUAUAGCAAACGUUGCUGGGGUAUUGGCUUUGGUCUGAAUUUCAGAGUUUUAUCACUCUCUCCUAGCUUUAGGAAGCUUUCCAAUGACUAUGUCAUCUCAGCAUACAAGAGAACAUCUAAAAGGGCAAUAUUCUUGGACUAUGAUGGAACAAUGGUGCCUCAUAUUUCUCUUGCUAAAACCCCCACUCCUGAAGUCAUCUCUGUUCUAAACAAUCUUUGCGCUGAUCCCAUGAACAGUGUGUUUAUAGUUAGUGGUAGAGGAAAAAAGCCCCUGAGCGAUUGGUUUGUUCAAUGUGAAAAUCUGGGUAUAGCAGCUGAGCAUGGAUACUUCUUCAGGUGGAGUGGGAUGUCUGACUGGGAAACGAGUUCUUUGGCUGUGGAUUUUGAUUGGAAAAAUAUUGCCGAACCUGUCAUGAAAUUGUACACAGAGGCAACUGAUGGUUCCUAUAUAGAGGUUAAGGAGAGUGCCUUGGUAUGGCACCACCAAGAUGCUGAUCCAGAUUUUGGAUCUUGCCAAGCCAAGGAACUGUUAGAUCAUCUGGAAAAUGUCCUUGCAAAUGAUCCAGUAGCUGUUAAGAGGGGCCAGAAUAUUGUUGAAGUAAAACCACAGGGAGUAACUAAAGGGUUUGUUGCAGAGAAGGUUCUUUCCAAAAUGAUCGCUAGUGGGAAACCCCCUGGCUUUGUGUUGUGCAUCGGGGAUGACAGAUCUGAUGAAGACAUGUUUGAAAGCAUAUCAAAAACACCAUAUAGUUCAUCACUCCCUUCAGCUCCAGCGAUUUUUGCAUGCACUGUUGGCCAAAAGCCAAGCAAAGCUAGAUACUAUCUAGAUGAUACUGUUGAUGUAUUAGCUUUGCUUCAAUGCUUGGCUGAUGCUUCAAGUUCAAACUUGAGUAGCACAGAAACACAAGUUUCUUUCGAUAAUGUUGUACGAAAGGAACUGUGAUUCUGCCCUUUCCAUGCAAUGACACAGGCUGAACAAGCACCUUGGUGUCUGUAUGGUUGGGUGCAAGAAGGGUGCUUGUUUUGAUAAUCCUUAGUUUUUAUACAGUAGGUUUCUCCGGAAGCUGGUUUCUGAUAUUAACUCAUCUGUUGCAUGCUGUGUGGGGAUCGAUGCUGGUGCCUUGCAUAAUGCAAGAUGGGAUGAUGAAGAAUUUGUGGUCUCAAUCAAGCAUGACUAAUACAUUUUUUCUUUUUUACCCUAAAAAAUGCAGGGAAAUGAGGGCUGGUGCGUGAAUUUUCUGGCUUGGAGGGGGGGUACAUACUGUGUAGUUCACAGGUUCAGAUGUUCAUCAUCAUAGGUAGUGUUUACUGAUAAGAGAACUAUUUAGGUUUUUUGUGUACAUGUUUUUUAUUAUAAAAGAAAGGCAUUCUUUAGGAGGCCAUACUUAUCUA